AUGCCAAAGCUAAAAGUAGGAUCACGCAGAAAGUUGACUCCUGAAGAAAAAGCUCCACUUGGAUUGGUCAUAAAAGAUACAAUCCCAAAACACCUUGCUUGGGGUUCUAUGGAUGCUCCAGACCUAUCUGCCAUGCAGG